AUGCCUCGCACUUUGCUCACCACAUAUUCAACAGUCCUCGUGAGGCAUAUUGAGUGGCGUCAACGUAUUGCGCUCGCAGGCUGCGACGACUCUCUUGGCGGCCCAUCCUACCUCUACUAUCGAUACUAUUCGCAGCCUCGCUCUGAAUCCUUCGACCUCAACGUCAGAGUGCGCGGGGCCGACGGGAAGCCCGCAUUGGAGAAGCAGACAUUCUCAAUGACUCCCAUGGACCAAGUCAAUAAACGCCUCGCGGAGAACGCGACGUCGAAGGUAACCGUCAGACCGGGCGUUGUGUGGAAGCAAGCCACAGCCCAACUCUCCUCAAACAGUCCGAUCGAGGACGCAUACUCUAGUGCCUUCGUACAGCGAGAUCCCACGGACCCAGCUGGCCCGGGAGACCUCUUGCUGUUUGCUAUCAUGGACGGCCACCGCAGCUACCACACGUCCCAACUGCUCUCCAAAGUCCUCUUGCCUGCGAUAGGCCUCCAACUCCAACAAUUGACCACAGCCGACUCGGACCCUCAGAAGGUGGCUCUAGCCAUCCAGUCCGCAUUCGUGAACCUCGACUGGGAGAUCAUCAACGCGCCUCUGCGCAUUCUGGCAGAGAACAUCGACAAACUGGCUCUAGCGAACCAGCAAGUACCCGACCUAAGCCAGCACCCGAUGGCGUUAGCCACAAUGCAGCCCGCAAUAUCCGGGAGCUGCGCAAUUAUGGCACUGUUCGACACCGCGCACCAGAACCUCUAUGUCGCCUGCACAGGUGACAGCCGGGCCGUCGCCGGCGUAUACGAGGAGACUGAAGACGGCAACGGCUCGUGGCGAGUUGAGGUCCUUAGCGAAGACCAGACAGGCAGGAACCCCAGUGAACUGAAACGGAUGCAGUCAGAGCACCCGGCGGAUGAGGCCAACACGGUGAUCAUGCGCGGACGCGUCCUCGGGGGCCUCGAGCCGACGCGAGCGUUCGGCGAUGCACGCUACAAGUGGCCCCGCGACGUCCAAGAGGCCUUGCACAAAGCAUUCAUGGAAGGUAACGCCAAGACCCUGCGCGCCGUCCCAUCGAUGCUCAAGACGCCCCCAUACGUGACCGCCCGCCCCGAGGUCACCCACCGCAAGCUCUCCCUGCCGCCCUACGCCAACCCCUCUACCAAGCCCAAGUCCAUGAUGCGCUUCCUCCUCUCCUCAGAAGAGGUCGUCGCGCUCGUGGGCGGGCACCUCGCGGGCCUCAAAGGCAGCGUGCCCAAGGCGCAGCUGCCGGAGAUGGUACGGACGACGUCCGGCUCGCCGACCGUGAACGGGAAGUCGUUCGAGCCGCGGCGCUCGACAGAGGGCAAAUGGGCGUUCGUGGACGACAACGUCUGCACGCACUUAAUCAGGAACGCGCUGGGCGGGGCGGACGAGAGCAAGCUGAGGAAGCUGCUCAGCAUCCCCGCCCCGCUGUCCCGCAGCUAUCGGGACGACAUUACGGUCACUGUGGUUUGGUGGGAGGACGGUCCCAACGCCACCCCGGAACAGGUUCGAGCGAAACUGUGAUGAUUGUCAAUGCUCGGAGUGUCUUGUACUGUACAGUCUGUAUAUACAUGAACGAUGUAAUAACAGGAGCACGAGAAUGGAAUGCGGAGAUGUGACAAGGGAAGAUGAGAGUGCAUACGUGUGUAGUGCGAUGCGAAUGAUGAUAUGUUCUGCAGGGGGUAUGUUACAUGAUCAUUCUUUUCUUCUUUCCGUACCGAUGUACUACUGGUGCCGAACCGCGGCGCUGUCCUAGAGUGUCGCUGCCCUUCAGCCGACUGUACGGAUUCCAGUUUCCUAUGGCGCUAAAGCGAUCAUGACGCUUCGACUUCGGUGUGUUCCCUUUCGUCGAAGGCGGGAUAGGCGU